UUCGGCCAAUUAUCGAGCAGGAACUGUUCCCUACAUAUAUCUGCCCUUGUUACGCACGAAAUCAGGUUGCUGUGUUACCAGUGACGAGGCAUUGCGCAGCUGGGUGAACGUAGCACACAAAUAUGUCGGGUGUGUUGCGUGUUGCUGUGAUUACGGCAGUUUUCGCAUCUGCUGUCCUCGCAGCGGGAGGCCAUAAAAAUGUUCAGUCUGCAAUGGAAAAACACGGCGUUAUUCCAGAUGUCAUAGACACUGCACCAGCUGACGAAGCUGAGGUGACCUAUGGACAUCUGAGUGUCAGUCUCGGCAAUGAACUCACUCCAACACAAGUGAAGGAUAUUCCAACUGUGCGAUGGAAUGCAGAUGACGAGUCAUACUACUUGCUUGUCAUGACAGACCCUGAUGCUCCCAGUCGUGCCAAUCCUGUGAGGAGAGAAUUUCGUCACUGGUUGGUUGGUAACAUCCCAGGUGACAAAGUGGAUGAGGGAGAGACACUCACGGAGUAUGUGGGGUCUGGCCCUCCCAAGGGCACAGGGCUCCAUCGCUAUGUGUUCCUCGUCUACAAACAGCCUGGCGAAAUUAAUUAUGAGGAGCGUCAUAUAAGUAACAGAUCUGCUGACACACGCCCCAAGUUCUCCAUCAAGGCCUUUGCACGGAAGUAUAACCUUGGCAGUCCAGUUGCUGGCAACUUCUUUCAGGCCCAAUAUGAUGAUUAUGUUCCAACUGUGCAUGCCCAGCUCAGUGGCCACUGAUUUCUGAAGGAAUGAGGUACAUACGCUCAGGGUUCUAAAUGAACUCUAUGUUUCAAUGUACUUUUAUUCCUAAAUUAGGCUUCAUUGUAACCCAAAUACAGAGGAAUAUAUGUAAGAAAAUAAUAUAGAUUAAAUAUACUUGCUACAAAUCUGUUUACAAAA